UUAAGGUAGUUCAGAAAAAGUAGCAUCGAUCUUUAGGCCGUGUGAAGAUCAGUGCAACAAAAUGAAUUCGGAAUAUUAUACAUUACUUUUAGAGAUCACUGUGGGCAUUAUGCUUCUUUCUGGACAAUUUUUCUGUGUGGUUGAAGGCGAUGUGCAGCACUAUGACUUCGUUCUUAAGGAGAAGAAUUUCACUAGGCUCUGCAGCACAAAGAGCAUGCUGGUUGUAAAUGGCAGCUUUCCAGGGCCAGUAAUCCGUGUUCACAAAGGUGAUACGGUCUUUGUUAACGUCCACAACCAAGGAUAUUAUGGCGUCACUAUUCACUGGCAUGGUGUUAAGCAGCCAAGAAAUCCAUGGUCAGAUGGUCCAGAAAACAUAACACAAUGUCCGAUUCAACCAGGAACAAACUUCACAUAUGAGGUUAUAUUUUCUGAGGAGGAGGGAACCCUUUGGUGGCAUGCUCAUAGUGAUUGGACACGAGCAACUGUUCAUGGUGCCAUAGUUGUCCUGCCGGCUGUUGGUUCCACCUAUCCAUUUCCCAAGCCGGAUGGAGAAGAGGUCGUUGUGCUCGCGGCCUGGUACAAAGGAAAUUUGAAGGAAUUGGUAGAUGAGGCCAUGGAAGACGGUACUGACUUGCCACAUUCUGAUGCAUAUACCAUAAACGGCGAACCAGGAGAUUUUUGUGAUUGCUCCAAUGGAACGGCGUACCGUUGGAUGGUUGAUUAUGGCAAAACCUAUCUUCUUCGAGUUGUUAAUGGUAUCAUGAAUGCAGAAAACUUCUUUGCAAUUGCUCGACACAAUUUCACAGUUGUUGGGAUGGAUGGUCAUUACAUCAAACCCAUUUCCACGAGUUAUAUCAUGAUAAGCCCAGGACAAACAAUGGACAUUUUACUCACAGCAAACCAGUCUCUUGGCUCUUAUUACAUGGCUACUAGACAAUUCUCGAGCGAGGAUGUCACCGUUACUGGAUUUGACCACGCCAAUGUAACAGCAAUUCUCGAAUACAGAGGAAAUUAUACUUCCCCAUCGCCUCCUUCCUUUCCGAGUACACUUCCUAUGUACUUGGACUUAUACGCAGCCUUGAAAUUCACCAAAAGUAUAAGGAGCUUGGCAAGCCAAGACUAUCCGAUAAACGUCCCCAUGAACAUAACCACAAGAAUGUAUGUAACAUCUUCCAUGAAUACGAUGAUUUGCACAAGCUGCUCUGGAGCGGACGAUGGUCAAAUCUUAGCUUCAAGCUUGAAUAACGUAAGUUGGGCCAACCCACAUAUUGAUGUUCUACAAGCCUACUACAGGAAUAUUAGUGGGGUGUACACCACGGACUUCCCGGACUUCCCGCCUUCCUUCUACAACUUUACAGGCGAUGAAUUUGAAGACGACCUUGACAAAACUGUGCAAGGGACCAAGGUGAAGGUGCUGAAUUAUAACGAAUCAGUAGAGAUUGUUUUUCAAGGGACCAACCUGAUAAAAGGCUCGGUGAAUCAUCCGAUGCAUCUGCACGGAUAUAGCUUCUACGUGGUUGGAACAGGUGGUGGUAAUUUCAACAAUGAAACAGACCCAAAAGAGUUUAAUUUGGUUGAUCCUCCCGAGGUGACGACCUUUGGGGUCCCUAAGCUUGGAUGGGUUGCCAUCAGAUUCGUGGCAAAAAAUCCAGGUGUAUGGUUUUGGCAUUGUCACUUGGAUCGACAUCUGAGUUGGGGUAUGAACACAGUAUUCAUAGUGAAAAAUGGGGGCACUGCUGAGACAAGCAUCCGCCAACCCCCUGCCUACAUGCCACCUUGUAAAGUUCCAUUAAAAUCUCCGCUGGAAAAUGAUCAUGAUCAGGAUGUGUUGGACACGGCAAAUUAAGCAAAUGAGGAUCACUAGUCACGUAGCUAGCUAGCUAGAUAAUUUGAUCAUCAUCAUCAUCAUCAUCAUAUAUAAUAUUAUUUCAUGUGUUGCGUGCGACAGUUAGUUGCAGUAGUAGUAGCGCUGUUGAAGCACGACUCUUCUAUAUUUAUUGGAAGGCAAUAAAUGUUUGAUUUAUUACAUAGCGGCCACCAACCGCUGCGAAAGGUUAUAAAUU